UGCCCAAUCCCCCUUUGACCGACAUACUCACGUAUCAGAAAAGGCAUUUAUCCGUCUUUGGGAAAAGCGGAAAAAGGAACAACCGAGCAGUGCGAAAAAGGAGACGGAGAGCGAGCAGGAAGGCGAUUCUUCUGCGUAGGAUGAAAGCUCGAACGAAGAUGAUGGCGUCAUCUUCCUCGUCCCGCGUUCCCUCCGUGGGGGCGGGCGGGCCGGUGGAGGGGCCACGGUAAAUCUUCUGCGUGACGGCUCGCUGUCGCGUCCGCGUCCUUUCCCUUUUUCCCCGCCGUUGGACCGGGCCGAAUCGCGGAGAGGGAGACGGGGUGGGCCUCGGCAGCGACCCCCGCCGCCGCUUCCGGUAGGCAACGGUCUCGGGGGCCACCGCAGCACCACGGAGGCCGUCCGCAUGUUUUCCACGUACGUCGCCAUCUCCGCCCUUCUUUCCGCGGACUGGUAGCUCACGAAACGUGGCGGUGACAGACGUAUACCUCUCUCUCUCUCUCUCGCUCGCUCGCUCUGUCGGGGGGGACCCGGCGGCCACCCGUGAGUCAACCUUUGGGUUCGUCAACGUUUUUUUUAUUGCUUCGUGUAUUUGGUCGCGUGCGACGCGUUGCGAGGGAAGAGACGCGAGCAAUGGCGGAGAACACGGAGGAGGCGUUGCUGAAGAAGGAGGACGAGGAGGAGGAGGCUCGCGGGGCUCGGCGGCGGCGGCUGCGGCACCGCCGGGAGGAGUGUCCGGGAUGCGAGAUCGAGCGGCUCAAGGAGACGAACCGCGGCGUGCCUUACAAGCUUUUCUUCUACGUCUGGAUCAUCGUCCUCUGCGCAGCUUUGCCGAUAUCGUCUCUUUUCCCUUUCUUGUAUUUCAUGAUAAGGGACUUCAAAAUAGCCAAGAGAGAAGAAGAUAUUGGCUUCUAUGCUGGAUAUGUAGGUUCUGCUUUUAUGUUUGGAAGAGCAUUGACUUCUGUACUCUGGGGAAUGUUAGCAGAUAGAUAUGGUCGAAAGCCCGUGAUACUGUUUGGUACAGUUACAGUGGUGGUUUUCAACACACUUUUUGGCCUCAGUACAAACUUCUGGAUGGCAGUCUCCACAAGGUUUCUCCUCGGAAGCUUGUGUGGCAUACUUGGCCCAAUGAGGGCAUAUGCUUCAGAAGUUUGUCGCAAAGAGUAUCAAGCUUUGGCGAUGUCAAUUAUUAGCACAUCAUGGGGUAUUGGAUUGGUCAUUGGUCCAGCUAUUGGGGGUUAUCUUGCCCAGCCUGCAGAAAAAUUUCCUAACGUCUUUUCCGAAAAAUCCAUUUUCGGGAGGUUUCCAUACUUUUUACCCUGUCUCUUGAUAUCAGUCUUUUCUUUGGGGGUGAUGGUUGUUGCCUGUUGGCUCCCGGAAUCCCUUCAUAGGCAUGGUGAAAGCAGUGAAGAAUGUGAUAUACCAUACGAGGCACUAGAGGCAGAGGAAAAUAAAACUUUGAAGGACGAAUCACAACGAAAUGAGAAAAGUUGUCAGACGUCUUGGAGCCUUCUCAGAAAUUGGCCAUUAAUGUCAUCCAUAAUUGUCUAUUGUGUCUUCCAGCUUCAUGACAUGGCAUAUACAGAGAUUUUUUCACUAUGGGCUAUCAGUCCUUGGAAGUUUGGUGGGUUGAGCUAUUCAACAGCAGAUGUCGGUGAAGUUCUUGCUCUUUCAGGUUUUGGGCUCUUAUUAUUCCAGCUAUUUCUGUACCCACGUGUGGAAAGGAUUUGUGGACCAAUUGUAGUUUCUCGAGUUGGUGCUGCGUUGAGCAUAAUUCUGCUGUCAAGUUACCCCUUUAUAGCUAAACUGACUGGAAUUAUUCUCACAAUACUGGUGGAUUCAGCAUCUAUUCUGAAGAAUGUGCUUGCUGUAUCCAUAACCACAGGCUUAUUCCUACUUCAAAACAGAGCUGUGACCCAGGAGCAGAGAGGAGCUGCAAACGGUUUAUCUCUGUCUGCGAUGUCUCUUUUCAAAGCAAUGGGUCCAGCAGCAGGAGGUUCAAUCUUUUCUUGGGCACAAAAGCGUCAAAAUGCUUCUUUUCUGCCUGGUAAUCACAUGGUUUUCUUCAUCCUGAACGUCAUCGAGGCCUUGGGAUUGCUGAUGACCUUCAAACCUUUUCUGACUCAGCCAAAGGACUAGCACUCUUUGGUGAUGCUGGGUUCCAUGGCAGGCGUCAUGCACAGCAAAAGAUAGAAGUUAUAUAGUAAUAGAUCAAUAUCCUGAAAAGUUUGACUUUGCCUCUGUAACGCAGCGUCACAUUGUGAGCCUUUUUUGCUCCGUGAUGCAUAAAUACCGUCCCAUACGUAGGAGUGCAGCGUAUUCACUGUUUGCAACAUUGAUUCAUUCGUGCGAAAGCAAGCAGACCUGUAGUUCAUGUAUCUGAGGAUCUUUGUUAGUCUUAACGAUUUUAAAGUACGUUCUUGCGGGCAGCUGUAGCUUUUCAGUUUUGCCUCCUUGGACUAUAGGUGAGGCAAUGCCUCCAUGGUAUAAAUGCAAAAAGCUGAAACUACUAAGAGUUUUAAG